AUGGAUUUGUCUAAUAAUGAUAUAACUAAAUUAGAUGUAAGCGAUUGUUAUGUACUAGGGCGAAUAAUUGUAGCAAAUAAUAGUCUUACUAAAUUUCUAAAUCAACCUAGAGAUAUUAUUAAUCCUGAAAAACUAACAUAUUUAAAUAUGAUGAACAAUAAUAUUGAUGAAAUUAAUUUGAAUCAUUUUUACGACUUCUAUAAUUUAGAAGAAUUAUAUAUUGGAACAGAUGAUAGACUAAAACUAGAACAAGGUUCUUAUAAUCGUUUUCAUGGCACUCUAAGACCUCUAAAAAAUUUGACGCAUUUAAAGGUUUUGGACAUUUCUAACACUGAUAUUAGUAAAGGCUUAAGGCAUUUACCGAAUAGCUUAGAAAAAUUCUUUUUUGAUGCUAAUCGGCCCGGAGCCAAAGUAGCAAGAAUUAAAGAGAAACUUAGACCUUUUAAAGGAGAUUUUAAGAAAUAUAAGAAAGAAAAAUCGAUGAAAAUUUCACGUAAAAAAUCAGUAGAAAAUUAUGAAUCAGAAGACCAACUGGAAAUUAAUAACUUGCUAAUAGUAGGACGUACCGGCAAUGGUAAAUCAACACUUGCAAAUGUAUUGAGUAAUACAAAUAGAUUUAAAGAAAGUGACAAAUCAGUUAGUGUGACUAGGUACUUCGAAGACGAGAUGUUUACGCAUAAUGGAAAAUUAUAUCGAGUGGUUGAUACAAUAGGAGUGGGUGACACUAAAUUACCUAAGAAACAAGUCAUACUAAGAAUAGCUGAAGCUGUCUUUACUAUGAAAGAAGGGAUAAAUCAAGUUUUUUUUGUUGUAGGAAGAAGAUUCACUAAAGAAGAGAUUGAUACUUUUGAGUUACUAAAAACAGUUAUUUUCGAAAGUAAUAUUAUCAAACAUACUACAAUAAUAAGAACCAAUUUUACUAACUUUAGGUAUCCAGAUAGGGUUAAAACUGAUCGUCAAGAAAUAAUGGAUGAAAAUAAGGUUCUUGCUGAAAUAAUAAAUUCAUGCAAUGGAAUUAUUCAUAUCGAUGCUCCUCCGAUUAAUAUUGACUGUGAACUACGUUCACGUUUAAAUAAAGAAGACAGGAAAGAAUCAAGAAAUAUUUUACUAAAUCAUAUAGAGAGAUUUAAUGGAAAUUAUAAACCUUAUCUAAAAACUUGGGAUCAACUUUAUGUAAAAGUUUGUAACUACAUGAAAAUGAAGUAUGAGUUAGAAAAAAUCUUACAAAAUUCGAAUUCUUUUGAGGAGAUCAAUAGAAUAAAGGAAAAAAUAGCAAAAUUAGAAGAAAAAGUUGUCAAAGAAACUGAGUUGCAAUGUGAUGUAGAAAUACCUUUGUUUGCGAAAAUAAAACUUUGUUUUAAAAGCAAAAAUGAGUGA